GGCCCCUUCGCGUGGAGGCGCGCACGGCGCGCAGCGGACGCCAGUGGAGCCCCGGGCGCCCAGCGCGGGCUCUAAGACCGGCCAGGCGCCACCCCGCGGUCGCCGCCCGCCCGCAGGGACAGCAGGCGCAACCUCUGCUCUCUGCCUCACCCUGCGCUCGCUGAAGUGCCUGCGACUUUAAUUAAAGGGCCGUCCCCUCGCCCAGGCUGCAGCACCGCCCCUCGGCUCCUCGCGCCUCAAAAUGAGUAGCUCCCACUCCCGGGCGGGCCAGAGCGCUGCGGGCGCGGCUCCGGGCACCGGGGCCGACACGCGAGACGCUGAGAUGCCGGCCACCGAGAAGGACCUGGCGGAGGAUGCGCCGUGGAAGAAGAUCCAGCAGAACACAUUCACGCGUUGGUGCAACGAGCACCUCAAGUGCGUGAGCAAGCGCAUCGCCAACCUGCAGACGGACCUGAGCGAUGGGCUGCGGCUCAUCGCGCUGCUCGAGGUGCUCAGCCAGAAGAAGAUGCACCGCAAGCACAAUCAGAGGCCCACCUUCCGCCAGAUGCAGCUUGAGAACGUGUCGGUGGCGCUUGAGUUCCUGGACCGCGAGAGCAUCAAGCUUGUGUCCAUCGACAGCAAGGCCAUCGUGGACGGGAACCUCAAGCUGAUCCUGGGCCUCAUCUGGACGCUGAUCCUGCACUACUCCAUCUCCAUGCCCAUGUGGGAUGAGGAGGAGGACGAGGAGGCCAAGAAACAGACCCCCAAGCAGAGGCUCCUGGGCUGGAUCCAGAACAAGCUGCCGCAGCUGCCCAUCACCAACUUCAGCCGGGACUGGCAGAGCGGCAGGGCCCUGGGCGCCCUUGUCGACAGCUGUGCUCCAGGCCUGUGUCCCGACUGGGACUCUUGGGAUGCCAGCAAGCCGGUGAACAACGCGCGGGAAGCCAUGCAGCAGGCCGACGACUGGCUGGGCAUCCCUCAGGUGAUCACCCCUGAGGAGAUCGUGGACCCCAACGUGGACGAGCACUCCGUGAUGACCUACCUGUCGCAGUUCCCCAAGGCCAAGCUGAAACCAGGGGCUCCCCUGCGGCCCAAGCUAAAUCCGAAGAAGGCCCGAGCCUACGGGCCAGGCAUCGAGCCGACGGGCAACAUGGUGAAGAAGCGGGCUGAGUUCACUGUGGAGACCAGAAGCGCCGGCCAGGGAGAGGUGCUGGUGUACGUGGAGGACCCAGCCGGGCACCAGGAGGAGGCGAAGGUGACCGCCAAUAACGACAAGAACCGCACCUUCUCUGUCUGGUAUGUCCCCGAGGUGACGGGGACUCACAAGGUCACCGUGCUCUUCGCCGGCCAGCACAUCGCCAAGAGCCCCUUCGAGGUGUAUGUGGACAAGUCCCAGGGCGACGCCAGCAAAGUGACGGCCCAGGGCCCCGGCCUGGAGCCCAGCGGCAACAUCGCCAACAAGACCACCUACUUCGAGAUUUUCACAGCAGGAGCCGGCUCGGGCGAAGUGGAGGUCGUGAUCCAGGACCCUGCGGGACAGAAGGGUACCGUGGAGCCUCAGCUGGAGGCCCGGGGCGACAGCACGUACCGCUGCAGCUACCAGCCCACCAUGGAGGGCGUGCACACGGUGCACGUCACCUUCGCCGGCGUGCCCAUCCCGCGCAGCCCCUACACUGUCGCUGUUGGCCAAGCCUGUAACCCAGGCGCCUGCCGUGCCGUCGGCCGGGGCCUGCAACCCAAAGGUGUGCGCGUGAAAGAGGUUGCCGACUUCAAGGUGUACACGAAAGGCGCGGGCAGCGGGGAGCUGAAGGUCGUCGUGAAGGGUCCCAAGGGCGAAGAGCGCGUGAAACAGAAGGACCUGGGGGAUGGCGUCUACGGCUUCGAGUAUUACCCCACGGUCCCCGGCACCUACACCGUCACCAUCACGUGGGGUGGCCAGAACAUCGGGCGCAGCCCCUUUGAGGUGAAGGUGGGCACCGAGUGUGGCAAUCAGAAGGUGCGGGCCUGGGGCCCCGGGCUGGAGGGUGGCGUCGUUGGCAAGUCGGCCGACUUCGUGGUGGAGGCCAUCGGGGACGAUGUCGGCACCCUGGGCUUCUCGGUGGAGGGCCCGUCGCAGGCCAAGAUCGAGUGUGACGACAAGGGCGACGGCUCCUGCGACGUGCGCUACUGGCCGCAGGAGGCCGGCGAGUACGCGGUGCACGUGCUGUGCAACAGCGAGGACAUCCGCCUCAGCCCCUUCAUGGCCGACAUCCGCGAGGCGCCCCCCGACUUCCAUCCCGACAGGGUGAAGGCACGCGGGCCCGGCUUGGAGAAGACGGGCGUGGCCGUCAACAAGCCCGCCGAGUUCACGGUGGACGCCAAGCACGGCGGGAAGGCUCCUCUCAGGGUCCAAGUCCAGGACAAUGAGGGCUGCCCCGUGGAGGCCUCGGUCAAGGACAACGGCAACGGCACUUACAGCUGCUCCUACGUGCCCCGGAAGCCAGUGAAGCACACGGCCAUGGUGUCCUGGGGAGGCGUCAGCAUCCCCAACAGCCCCUUCCGGGUGAACGUGGGAGCUGGCAGCCAUCCAAACAAGGUCAAGGUGUACGGCCCGGGCGUGGCCAAGACGGGGCUCAAGGCUCACGAGCCCACAUACUUCACUGUGGACUGCACAGAGGCCGGCCAGGGUGACGUCAGCAUCGGCAUCAAGUGUGCCCCUGGCGUGGUGGGCCCCACCGAGGCUGACAUCGACUUCGACAUCAUCCGCAACGACAAUGACACCUUCACAGUCAAGUACACGCCGCGGGGUGCUGGCAGCUACACCAUCAUGGUCCUCUUUGCUGACCAGGCCACGCCCACCAGCCCCAUCCGGGUCAAGGUGGAGCCCUCCCACGAUGCCAGCAAAGUGAAGGCCGAGGGCCCUGGCCUCAGUCGCACGGGUGUCGAGCUCGGCAAACCCACCCACUUCACGGUCAACGCCAAAGCUGCCGGCAAAGGCAAACUGGAUGUCCAGUUUUCGGGGCCGGCGAAGGGGGACGCGGUGCGCGACGUGGAUGUCAUCGACCACCACGACAACACUUACACCGUCAAGUACACGCCUUUGCAGCAGGGCCCAGUGGGCAUCAAUGUCACUUAUGGCGGGGACCCUAUCCCCAAGAGCCCCUUUUCAGUGGGGGUGUCUCCAAGCCUGGACCUGAGCAAGAUCAAGGUGUCCGGCCUGGGAGAGAAGGUGGAUGUUGGCAAAGACCAGGAGUUCACGGUCAAGUCGAAGGGUGCAGGCGGCCAGGGCAAAGUGGUGUCCAAGAUUGUGGGCCCUUCAGGGGCUGUGGUGCCCUGCAAGGUGGAGCCGGGCCUGGGGGCUGACAACAGCGUGGUGCGCUUUGUGCCCCGCGAGGAGGGGCCCUACGAGGUCGAGGUGACCUAUGACGGCGUGCCUGUGCCCGGCAGCCCCUUUCCCCUGGAAGCCGUGCCCCCCACCAAGCCGAGCAAGGUGAAGGCCUUCGGGCCAGGGCUGCAAGGGGGCAGCGCAGGCUCCCCUGCCCGCUUCACCAUCGACACCAAGGGUGCCGGCGUGGGCGGCCUGGGCCUGACGGUCGAGGGCCCCUGCGAGGCCCAGCUCGAGUGCCUGGACAACGGGGACGGCACGUGCUCUGUGUCCUACGUGCCCACCGAGCCCGGGGACUACAACAUCAACAUCCUCUUCGCUGACACUCACAUCCCCGGCUCCCCGUUCAAGGCCCACGUGGUUCCCUGCUUUGAUGCAUCCAAGGUCAAGUGCUCAGGCCCCGGGCUGGAGAGGGCCACGGCCGGCGAGGCAGGCCAGUUCCACGUGGACUGCUCGAGCGCAGGCAGCGCCGAGCUGACCAUCGAGAUCCGCUCCGAGGCGGGGCUGCCCGCCGAGGUGCACAUCCAGGAUCACGGCGACGGCACGCACACCAUCACCUACAUCCCGCUUUGCCCCGGGGCCUACACGGUCACCAUCAAGUACGGUGGCCAACCUGUGCCCAACUUCCCCAGCAAGCUGCAGGUGGAGCCCGCGGUGGACACCUCGGGCGUCCAGUGCUAUGGGCCCGGGGUCGAGGGCCAAGGCGUCUUCCGAGAAGCCACCACGGAGUUCAGCGUGGAUGCCCGGGCCCUGACGCAGACCGGAGGGCCGCACGUCAAGGCCCGCGUGGCCAACCCCUCUGGCAACCUGACCGAGACCUACGUGCAGGACCGCGGCGACGGCACCUACAAAGUGGAGUACACGCCCUACGAGGAGGGGCUGCACUCCGUGGACGUGACCUACGACGGCAGCCCCGUGCCCAGCAGCCCCUUCCAGGUACCCGUGACGGAGGGCUGUGACCCGACCCGAGUGCGCGUGCACGGGCCGGGCCUGCAGAGCGGCACCACCAACAAGCCCAACAAGUUCACCGUGGAGACCAGGGGAGCUGGCACGGGGGGCCUGGGCCUGGCCGUGGAGGGCCCCUCGGAGGCCAAGAUGUCCUGCAUGGACAAUAAGGACGGCAGCUGCUCGGUCGAGUACAUCCCCUACGAGGCCGGCACCUACAGUCUCAACGUCACCUAUGGCGGCCACCAAGUCCCAGGCAGUCCUUUCAAGGUCCCUGUGCAUGAUGUGACAGAUGCGUCCAAGGUCAAGUGCUCGGGGCCGGGCCUGAGCCCUGGCAUGGUCCGCGCCAACCUCCCUCAGUCCUUCCAGGUGGACACGAGCAAGGCUGGCGUGGCCCCCCUGCAGGUCAAAGUGCAGGGGCCCAAAGGCCUGGUGGAGCCAGUGGACGUGGUGGACAAUGCCGAUGGCACCCAGACCGUCAACUAUGUGCCCAGCCGCGAGGGGCCCUACAGCAUCUCGGUGUUAUAUGGGGAGGAAGAGGUGCCCCGAAGCCCCUUCAAGGUCAAGGUGCUGCCCACGCAUGACGCCAGCAAGGUAAAGGCCAGCGGCCCCGGGCUCAACACCACCGGCGUGCCCGCCAGCCUGCCUGUGGAGUUCACCAUCGAUGCAAAGGACGCGGGCGAGGGCCUGCUGGCUGUCCAGAUCACGGACCCCGAGGGCAAGCCCAAGAAGACGCACAUCCAGGACAACCACGACGGCACGUACACGGUGGCCUACGUGCCGGACGUGACGGGCCGCUACACCAUCCUCAUCAAGUAUGGUGGUGACGAGAUCCCCUUCUCCCCGUACCGCGUCCGGGCCGUGCCCACUGGGGACGCCAGCAAGUGCACCGUCACAGUGUCAAUCGGAGGUCACGGGCUAGGUGCUGGCAUCGGCCCGACCAUCCAGAUAGGGGAGGAGACGGUGAUCACCGUGGACACCAAGGCGGCAGGCAAAGGCAAGGUGACCUGCACCGUGUGCACACCCGACGGCUCUGAGGUGGACGUGGACGUGGUCGAGAACGAGGACGGCACCUUCGACAUCUUCUACACGGCCCCCCAGCCGGGCAAAUAUGUCAUCUGCGUGCGCUUCGGCGGCGAGCACGUGCCCAACAGCCCCUUCCAAGUGACGGCUCUGGCUGGAGAGCAGCCCUCGGUGCAGCCCCCGCUGCGGCCGCAGCAGCUGGCCCCGCCGUACACCUACGCCCAGGGCGGCCAGCAGACCUGGGCCCCAGAAAGACCCUUGGUGGGCGUCAACGGGCUGGAUGUGACCAGCCUGAGGCCCUUCGACCUUGUCAUCCCCUUCACCAUCAAGAAGGGCGAAAUCACUGGGGAGGUGCGGAUGCCCUCGGGCAAGGUGGCGCAGCCAGCCAUCACCGACAACAAGGACGGCACCGUGACCGUGCGCUACGCGCCCAGUGAGGCCGGCCUGCACGAGAUGGACAUCCGCUACGACAAUAUGCACAUCCCAGGAAGCCCCCUGCAGUUCUAUGUGGAUUAUGUCAACUGCGGCCACGUCACGGCCUACGGGCCCGGCCUCAGCCACGGGGUGGUGAACAAGCCUGCUGUCUUCACCGUCAACACCAAGGAUGCGGGAGAGGGAGGCUUGUCCCUGGCCAUCGAGGGGCCAUCCAAAGCCGAAAUCAGCUGCACCGACAACCAAGAUGGGACGUGCAGCGUCUCCUACCUGCCCGUGCUGCCUGGCGACUACAGCAUCCUGGUCAAGUACAACGAGCAGCACAUCCCAGGCAGCCCCUUCACGGCCAGGGUCACAGGUGACGACUCGAUGCGCAUGUCCCACCUGAAAGUGGGCUCUGCCGCCGACAUCCCCAUCAAUAUCUCCGAGACGGACCUCAGCCUGCUGACAGCCACGGUGGUGCCACCCUCAGGCCGGGAGGAGCCCUGCCUGCUGAAGAGGCUGCGCAAUGGCCACGUGGGGAUCUCGUUCGUGCCCAAGGAGACAGGCGAGCACCUGGUGCAUGUGAAGAAGAAUGGCCAGCAUGUGGCGAGCAGCCCCAUCCCAGUGGUGAUCAGCCAGUCGGAGAUCGGGGAUGCCAGCCGCGUGCGGGUCUCGGGCCGGGGCCUCCACGAAGGCCACACCUUUGAGCCUGCAGAGUUUAUCAUUGACACCCGUGAUGCAGGCUACGGUGGGCUCAGCCUGUCCAUCGAGGGUCCCAGCAAGGUGGACAUCAACACAGAGGACCUGGAGGAUGGCACGUGCAGGGUCACCUACUGCCCCACGGAGCCGGGCAACUACAUCAUCAACAUCAAGUUCGCCGACCAACACGUGCCUGGCAGCCCGUUCUCCGUGAAAGUGACCGGUGAGGGCCGGGUGAAAGAGAGCAUCACACGCAGGCAACGGGCUCCUUCGGUGGCUAAUGUCGGCAGUCAUUGCGACCUCAGCCUGAAGAUCCCUGAAAUUAGCAUCCAGGACAUGACAGCCCAGGUGACCAGCCCAUCAGGCAAGAGCCACGAGGCUGAGAUCGUGGAAGGGGAGAACCAUACCUACUGCAUCCGCUUCGUGCCCGCUGAGAUGGGCAUGCACACGGUCAGCGUCAAGUACAAGGGCCAGCACGUGCCUGGGAGCCCUUUCCAGUUCACCGUGGGGCCCCUGGGGGAAGGGGGCGCCCACAAGGUCCGCGCCGGGGGCCCUGGCCUGGAGAGGGCUGAAGCUGGAGUGCCAGCUGAGUUCAGCAUCUGGACCAGGGAAGCUGGCGCCGGGGGCCUGGCCAUUGCUGUUGAGGGCCCCAGCAAGGCCGAGAUCUCCUUCGAGGACCGCAAGGACGGCUCCUGCGGCGUGGCCUAUGUGGUCCAGGAGCCAGGUGACUACGAGGUCUCCGUCAAGUUCAACGAGGAGCACAUCCCUGACAGCCCUUUUGUGGUGCCCGUGGCCUCUCCGUCUGGUGACGCCCGCCGCCUUACUGUUUCUAGUCUUCAGGAGUCAGGGCUAAAGGUCAACCAGCCAGCCUCUUUUGCAGUCAGCCUGAAUGGGGCUAAGGGGGCGAUCGAUGCCAAGGUGCACAGCCCCUCGGGAGCCCUGGAGGAGUGCUAUGUCACAGAGAUCGACCAAGAUAAGUACGCUGUGCGCUUUAUCCCACGAGAGAACGGCGUCUACCUGAUUGAUGUCAAGUUCAAUGGCACCCACAUCCCUGGAAGCCCCUUCAAGAUCCGAGUCGGGGAGCCUGGGCAUGGAGGGGACCCAGGCCUGGUGUCCGCUUACGGAGCUGGCCUGGAAGGCGGCGUCACAGGUGGGUCAGUGGCUGCAGCUUCUGCUGUGUGGACACAACUGCUAGGGCCCCUCCUCCGAGCUCUCGGUGACAACAGGAGGCGUGUGGAGGUGACAAGGCUACGCUGGGGGCGGGGGGCAGGGAACAGGCCAGGCCAGCUCUGUCUAACCUCCCGUGCCCCCAGGGAGCCCCGCCGAGUUUAUUGUGAACACGAGCAAUGCGGGAGCCGGUGCCCUGUCGGUCACCAUCGACGGGCCCUCCAAGGUGAAGAUGGAUUGCCAGGAGUGCCCGGAGGGCUACCGCGUCACCUACACCCCCAUGGCACCUGGCAGCUACCUCAUCUCCAUCAAGUAUGGUGGCCCCUACCACAUUGGGGGCAGCCCCUUCAAGGCCAGAGUCACCGGUCACCGUCUCGUCAGCAACCACAGCCUCCACGAGACGUCGUCAGUGUUUGUGGACUCCCUGACCAAGACUGCCAGUGCCCCCCAGCAUGGGGCCCCGGGCCCAGGUGCCGCCGACGCCAGCAAGGUGCUGGCCAAGGGCCUGGGGCUGAGCAAGGCCUACGUGGGCCAGAAGGGCAGCUUCACGGUAGACUGCAGCAAAGCAGGCAACAACAUGCUGCUGGUGGGCGUGCAUGGCCCCCGAACGCCCUGCGAGGAGAUCCUGGUGAAGCACGUGGGCAGCAGGCUCUACAGCGUCUCCUACCUGCUCAAGGACAAGGGGGAGUACACGCUGGUGGUCAAAUGGGGCGACGAGCACAUCCCGGGCAGCCCCUACCGCGUCCUGGUGCCCUGAGCUCUGUGCCCUGGCCAGCCAGCAGCUCCCAGGAUGAGAAGCGCCCCCGCGCCUGCCCUCCGCCGCCCAAGCAGCCCUCCCACCCCAGCCCUGGUCAGCCCUGGCCAGCCCUGGCCACCCCGUCACUGCAGCCAACCCGGCCCUGUGCUGCGCUCACCUGCCUCCACUUGGGCAAAGGAGAGAGGCGAGCAGAGGGAGCCAUUUGGUGGCCCUGCCUGUCUUCUCUGGUUCUGGGAGGGGUGAGAGGCGGGGGUCUUGUGCACACCCACUCGCUAGUGCCCUUCCCUCGCCAAGAAGAAUAAAACUGCUUCCAUUCUCCUGA